GGCGUCCGCUUGCGAUACACAAAACCAGCGCAUCAGUAAAUUGAUACGAAAUACAUCGGACUGGUUGAAUGAGGACAGGCUCCGUACACAUAUGAUGACGGGGUAGUGUGAUUUACGCACGGACAUAUUCAGGUUUUACUUGUUUUAAUACGACAGCUCGGGAUGAGAAAUUGUAGUCGGUAAUCAGCAAAUCGCUCUGGGAAUUAAAUGGAUGUUCUGUUGAAAACUGGUACAUUUGCUGGGGAUGAGCGGACUUGGAGAAAAUCGGAUUCCCAUCCAGAGAGGAUGCUCUGAAAACGGAAACAUUUCACGAAUCAUUUUUUUGGGAAUAAUUCUGAUAGAAGGAUAAAUGGUGCUCUGUGCGUUUGUCCGGGGUUAGUAGAUGAUUUGGGGUAUGGUUGAUGACUUGCAUCAAUGCUGGGAGGAACAGUUAUUGUGUAUGAAUAUUUGGGAGUAGAUUUUGCGUUAAGUUGAAAAAAAAAUCUACAUCAGCUUGAAAAGCCGAUCCGUUUGACGAACUUCUGGAUAUUUGCUGAUGCCAGCAGCUCCAGAUUGCCUGUAUGGCAGGAUCAUGAAGUUUCUGACGUUUUUCCUUUUACUUCCAGAGACCUUAAAAAGGACUAGAAAGAGUGGUAAACAGUCAGGAAAGCUGCCAGUAUGCUAUGAGAUCGUGACUUUGUCCUUGAAGAAGAAGAUGGCUGCAGAACUGUAUCCUGCAAGCAUAAACACCAACCUUCCGAACAGCAACGGCACCGCAGUGACUGCUGCCAGUAAGAAGACUAUCGUUCAAGUGACCGAGACUGUAACCACACCAACCACCACUACCACUCAACAGAAUAUCAAUAACAACAACGUCGAGACUGCCAGCUGGCAGGCAACUCACCCGACAUUACGAGAAAGGAAUGCUUUGAUGUUCAACAACGAACUCAUGGCAGAUGUUCACUUUAUUGUUGGACCCCCCGGUGAAUCGCAGAAAGUUCCAGCGCACAAGUAUGUUUUGGCGGUUGGCAGUUCCGUUUUCGGUGCCAUGUUCUAUGGCGACCUGGCGGAGGGGGAAUCUGAAAUCCACAUCCCAGAUGUGGAGCCUGCUGCUUUUUUAAUCCUGUUAAAGUAUAUGUACAGUGAUGAGAUUGAACUGGAGGCGGACACGGUGCUGGCCACUCUGUACGCCGCCAAAAAGUAUAUCGUGCCUGCCCUGGCCAAGGCCUGCGUCACCUUCCUGGAGACGAGCCUGGAGGCCAAGAACGCCUGCGUGCUGCUGUCCCAGAGCCGCCUGUUCGAGGAGCCCGAGCUCACGCAGCGCUGCUGGGAGGUGAUCGACGCCCAGGCCGAGCUGGCACUCUGCUCGGAGGGCUUCUGCGAGAUCGACCUGCAGACGCUGGACAUCAUCCUGCGGCGCGAGACGCUCAACACGCGCGAGGCCGUGGUGUUCGGGGCCGUGCUGGAGUGGGCGGUGGCCGAGUGCAAGCGCCAGGGCCUCGGGCCGACGGCGCGCAACAAGCGGGCGGUGCUGGGCAAGGCGCUGUACCUGGUGCGCGUGCCCACCAUGACCCUGGAGGAGUUCGCCGACGGCGCGGCGCAGUCGGACGUGCUGACGCUGGAGGAGACGCACGACAUCUUCCUGUGGUACACGGCGGCCAACAAGCCCGAGCUGGAGUUCCCGCUGGCGCAGCGCAAGGGCCUGGCGCCGCAGCGCUGCCACCGCUUCCAGUCCUCGGCGUACCGCAGCAACCAGUGGCGCUACCGGGGCCGCUGCGACAGCAUCCAGUUCGCCGUGGACAAGCGCAUCUUCAUCGCCGGCCUGGGCCUGUACGGCUCCAGCGGCGGCAAGGCCGAGUACAGCGUCAAGAUCGAACUCAAGCGCCAGGGCGUCACGCUGGCGCAGAACUUGACCAAGUUCGUGUCGGACGGCUCCAGCAGCACCUUCUCGGUGUGGUUCGAGCACCCGGUGCAGGUGGAGCAGGACGCCUUCUACACGGUGAGCGCGGUGCUGGACGGGAACGAGCUCAGCUACUUCGGACAGGAGGGCAUGACGGAGGUCCAGUGCGGGAAAGUGACCUUCCAGUUCCAGUGCUCCUCGGACAGUACCAACGGGACUGGGGUUCAGGGGGGGCAGAUUCCAGAGCUGGUCUUCUACGCCUGAGGUGUGGAGGGGCAGUGGGGUUUGGAGGGGUAUUCAUUCUAAAGUGCAUUCCACCCCUGAAAUUGUUUUGGGCAGGGCUGACCAGAGUUGGGGUGCGUAAUGUUGGGACCUGUGAGGGUUCUUGCCUUCUUUUACAAUGUAGCCGUGGAAGACCAUUUCCAGGAAGUUGUUUAGUCUGUUGAAAGACUGUUGUCUUGACGAUUUUUGAGUGAAGGAGUGUGCUUCAGCUUUAUUUAUUUAAAAAAUAAGUAUAUAUUUGACUUAAUUAUUGAUGCUGCAUCAUGCAGACUUUAUAUAUAUAUAUAUAUAUAAAUAUAAAUAUAAAAAUAUAUAUAUACAAACCAAGAUUAGAUGUAAUGCACUUUUAGUGGACAACAACCACUAGUGUGUUGUGUUUUGUACAUAAGUUGAGGCUAACCUGUUUACAGCUUGAGGCUGACUGACAAUUGAAAUGUCUUGUAUUAGUGUGCAGCUUCACAAACUGCAGAUCAUAAAAGUUUUUUUUUGUGACUCUGA